UUAUGCUAGUAAGUGGUGGUAAAAUUGGUCUCUCCAUCAAUGAGCCUGUGUGUUAUGAUGCGAUGUUUCUUUCAUGUUAAGAGAGGUAAAGAACCUCCACUGGAUCUCACAUGUAAUAUUUUACAUCAACCUGAUGAACCUGCACAAUGUCUGACCCCGCCCCAUACAACAUUCCGCCUUUUCAUUGGCUUACGCGUGUGGCGUCAUUUCUCCUGUGAGGUUACUUGGAUACCGGAAGUGGCUAAAUCUUAGCAAUGAAAAUAGCAUUGGAACUUUUUUGGAAUAAAUAGCGAAUCCGUCGGAAUUAUAUAGACUGUGGUUUGCGGAGAAACACAGCUCCUGCCUGUAUGUAUAGGGACAAGAUGGAGGUUCCCUCUUAUCACUCCAAGCUUUUGUGUGAGCUGAACGAACAGCGUAAGAGGGACUUCUUCUGCGACUGCAGCAUCAUCGUAGAGGGCCGUGUGUUCAAGGCACACAGAAACAUCCUCUUUGCGAGCAGUGGCUAUUUCCGGGCUCUGCUGGUGCAUUAUUUGCAGGAUAAUGGCCACAGGCAUAGCACAGCUUCUCUGGACAUUGUCACAGCAGAUGCCUUUUCACUCAUUCUGGACUUUCUGUACUCCGGUCGUCUAGACCUGCGUACCGAUAACGUGAUCGAGAUCAUGUCUUCAGCCAGCUACUUGCAGAUGACGGACGUAGUGAACUUUUGCAAAGGCUACAUCAAAUCAUCGUUGGAGAUCUGUAACAGGGAGAAAGAGGGCCAGAGGGAAAUGUGCCGAGAGAGAGAAGGACCUGCUGACAGUGGUACGUCAGCUUCAGUGUCCAGUGGUCCUGCAGCAUCCACUUCCCAAACGGACCGGGGAACCCCACAGAGUAUGGAGAUGCCCCAUUCCGGUGAGGCGUCCUCUGAUAUUCCCUCCACACCAGCUGCAACCAGUAGUAAAGACUCCGAGAGUGAGAACUCGCAGGGAGGAUUCUCCAACCAACCUCCCACCAGUGCUGCUGUUAAGAGCAACCCAGUGCAAGACGCCGUCAACCCAUCAUCUUCAGGGAUGCUCGUCAUGCCUGUACACACCAAGAUUAAAUUUGACCCUGAUGAGGAAGGUGAGUGUUCACUUGAAGCUAAGGACAUGGACCUGUAUGAAAACCCAAGCAAUGGUGAAGACAGAACUCUCAGCUCAAGUCCUGCACCUAGCAGCGAGCCAACAUCCCUGCCGCCGUACCCCAAUUAUCAGAUGAAGCAGUAUGUAGAUGUGCUGCUACGUGGAGGAGCCAACUCUCACCGUGAGGAGCUUGUGCCUCAUUUUGGCCACAGUUUGGGAAGCAGUAAUAUGAUUGGUCGAGUAGAUGAAGGACUAGGUCACGGAGGCACCUGUAGUAUGGAGAUCCAAAGCGACUGGUAUGUGGAGGAUGCAGUUUUCUACUCAGGGAGGCUGCACAAGUGUCCGUUCUGCCCGUACACGACCAAACAGAAGGGCAUUCUGAAGAGGCACAUCCGUUGUCACACAGGGGAGAGGCCAUACCCGUGUGAAAUUUGCGGAAAGCGUUUCACUCGUCAGGAGCAUUUACGCACGCAUGCUGUCACCGUCCAUCGUGCAACCUGGCCCAUCGUGUGUAAGGGCUGCAGGCGUGUCUUCUCUGGAGCCGUGUCUCAGGGUCUGAAGCGCUUUGGCCUCUGUGAUAAUUGUACUUGUGUCACUACAACUAAUGAGGACUCUCCUUCCAUGAGCCUGAGCAGCCAGUCUGUGAGUGUGGAACAGGCCACGACUGACUCGGAUUGGCCCAUCUUCAUGGUGGACGGGGACGAGGAGCCCAGUGCUGGCGCUGGGGAAGUGGACGAUAAGAAAGACCUCCAGAGACAGCUUGCAGAGGGGGGAAGUCUCCUGUAGGCAUCAAGAAACAUAUUGGUGUUUCUGAUGGCUUCUGCCUCAUUGGCCUUACUAAAGGUUUAGUAAACAGACCAAGCUGUCAAGGCUUGGAAAGACAGAUGUUCCAGAGACACUGCUGAUAUACACUACAAACGUAUAGACAGAUCCUGAUAUUCAUCGUUCUGAAAAAAAUAAUCUUGUUUGGCCUGAUGCCGAUUAGUACGAGUACUUAAUGUAAGUACUGAACUGUAAUGAUGUUUACGGGUAUGUAGUGUUUAAGAACCAAAUUUCCACAGCUCUGGUUGAAUAAACUGAUUAAAUUCCAUUUUAAAAAAUUGUUAAUAUAAUUUAGUAAUUAUGAAAUAAUAACUGCUUUAAAAGGUACAGCAAUCAGUGUUUGUAUUUUGAUCAUGCCGAUAACGAAGUCAUCUUAAAGCUGCACAUAUUUAGUGAGUGUCAAGAUGGAACAUUUGGGUAGGUGUAAAAGAAUUACCGUACACAAUCAAUCCUAAGGGAAUCUGAAAUACUGUCUGAGUCAUUUUAUAUAGAUUCAUGCUUCCCAGAGUUGGGUCCGGUGGCCCCCAGGGGUCUUAAAGCACAGCUAGGGGGUCCACAACUUUGUUUUUAUUUUAUUACAGUGGUGUACACCACACCAUGGUUAAAGUUAUUGUGCCUAGAAAUAAUGUUGAAUAGAAUCUAAUGAUAAUUAUAAUAAAAAUGAGUUCUAUGGGUGGAAGGUUCUGAAAUAAAAAAAAAAAAAACAACUCUAUAAA